CUCAUGAUGUCGCUUUUUUUUCUUAACAUAGCAUUGGUUAUUGCAAGAAACUGUCCAAGAUGCUCAAUUUUCGGUGAAUCAUUAAACAUCACUGAAAUCUUUCCUCGUCUUGAAAAGAAAGAAGUAAGAAUUGUUUAUUUUAAUCUAAAUGUUGCCAGCAAUACUACCCGUCAAAACAGAAUAUUGUCAAGAAGAUGGACAUGGGCUAAAAGCAAUCAAGAACCUCUUCUGGCAUUGUCGUAUGAUCACGAUGUUUUAUCCCUUGGCCUGCUAAAAAAUCAAGCCAAGGAACUUAAUUUGGAAAUUACUUCUCGCGAAGAAAGAAUAUGCUUGGAAAGGUUGAACUCAACGUGUCAUGAUCAGGAAAUUGCUCGAUAUGUAUUAAACAAAGUCGGUGAAGCAAAGCACAGAACAGCCAUAAGUGAAAACGAUGUGAGGAGUCUUACGAGCUGUAUGCUCUGUGAGUUCCCAAGGUGGACGUGGCGGUAG